AUGCAGGAAAAUCUUUCGUACCGUCUAUCAUACCUACGACAACUUGUUCAACAGAAACACGAAUAUAUUUGUAUAGAAAAAUCUUCAUAUGUAACUAUCUAUAUUUAUAUUGAGGAAUCUUUAUCCUUAUCUAUCUAUCUAUCUAUCUAUCUAUCUAUCUAUCUAUCUAUCUAUCUAUCUAUCUGUGUUCAUUAUCAUACACGAAUCAUGCUUUUAGGCGUGUCGUUGGGUAGCAAAAUCUACAGACGACGCUGCAAAAUAAACGUGCGAGAAUUUCAAUUCUUCAAUCAUUAUCCGCUGAUAUCCAACCAGAAUGUUUACUUUGAUGAUUUUCUUUGUUCUCUUGCUGUUUCUUCUCAAUAUCCCCCUCUCCUUCGAACUCUGUCUCUCUUUCUGCCUCUCUCUCUCUCUCUCUCUCUCUCUCUCGAUGCAGGCACACGCACAUAUACACACAUAUAUAUUAGUCAAAAUAUACCAAUCCCCCGCCAAAGCAGUACAUUACUCCUUUCUUUUUCGUACCCGUGUCUCUAUCCGAUGAUUGAGCCUCGACUGUUUCACACUCUGCCUGAAGACACUCUUGUCAAUCGCAAGUCUGACCGCGAACUUCUUGACUUUAACUUCUCUGUUGUUCUCAGCCGAUUUUAUAUCCGAAAACAGAUCCCCGACCGAGCCCUGCUCCGCUCGAAGAGGGUGGUUUUGUCACUUUCUGCCCGAAGACAGAAGUAUUUUUGUGUCACAAACCUGGGACUGUCUGCUGACUAG